AUGAACUCGUUGUUCAACCAUGGCAUUAAACAGACACAGCUCAUAGGCAAGGACUUGAGUGCGUUUGAGAAGAACGUCUCCACGUCACCGUUGUCGUUACAGGGCUCCAUCACCACGUCGUUAACUGCAUUCAGAAAGACCAUCAAAGAGUACGGAGACUUGGUGCAACAGAAUGCCAAGGAGGAGAGCGGCGCCAAGCACGAGAGCAGGUUGGCCAAGUUCAAGGAGGAUCUCCAGGCGUUCACGUCCAAGUUCGACACCUUGAAGGAGCAGCGGGAGGCCAUGCUUCUCGAGAGCAACAAACAGGAGUUGCUUGGACGAAGGACCCACCAGGCCACCAGCUCGGAAAACCCCUACAGUGCAGCCGACUCCCAGCAGCAGGCGCAGGCCCAGCAGCAGAUGUCGUACCAAGAGGGCCUUUACAACGAGAGAAAUGCAUUAUCGCGAGGCUCGCAGCAGUUGGACCACAUCUUGGAGAUGGGCCAGCAGGCGUUCGAUGACAUUGUGGACCAGAACGAGACCUUGCGCAAGCUCCAGAUGAAGUUUGAGGAGAGUUUGGUCACCUUGGGGGUCAGCCAGGGGACCAUCAGAAGCGUGGAGAGAAGGGCCAGGCAAGACAAGUGGCUUUUCUGGGGCUGUGUGGUGAUAAUGUUGGUAAUUUUCUGGUACAUCACCAAGAUCUUCAGAUAG